AUGACUUCAUUUUCAAGCGGUUCGCUUUUUUGCUAUUUCCGAGAAAUUGUCCGUCCUUGGGAAAUCCAGGGCUGUCUCUAUAAGGGCUAGGGAUCACCCUGGAAUCCCUAAGUCGUCCAUUUGCAGGUCGGAUAAUCCGUCUUCUCGUCGGACUUUCGCUUGUUGGAUCAGUUUCAACCUUCCCCAUGUGUUUAUUUUGCAUCAAAAUUUUAAAAUUUUCUCUUUUUUUUCUGUUUUUCCAAGUGUUCGAUGUGUCUUUUUCGACAAACCAGGCCCCUCACACGAGAAGUGCGAAAAGAGGUAUUGGAACUCGAUGAAUCUUCGUAUGUAGAUUCGGACACCCUGAAUCCAGAGUGCGCCUUUUCGGUUCUAGCCGAUUUAUGGUAUCUCGAAGUUUGCACGCGAAAAAUGAUGGAUGGAAGGAGAGAAUAUGUCGCGGGGAAGUACCUAAGUACAAAGUUUCAUCGAGUUCCAAUACCUCGAACUUUCGCAUUUGUGUCAGGCGCUGCCAAUAUUAAAAGAAGCUUGGGAUUUUUCAUUUCGGGCGCUGCCAAAAUUCAACAACUCGCAGCUCUUCAAAAAUAUUCCUCAUUCAUACUUGAAACAGUCUCACCUUUCUGCCUCCCUUUUCCCUUAACUCCCAUUUUUAGAACGUUUUGGCGAAUUGCCCAUCAUCAGAGAAGGGCAUCUUCGAGUUGACCAACGCCAGUUACACCAAAAACCUCAUUUUCUCCUUUAAAAAAAUUUUCAGCGGUUUUCAUCAUUUCUCACGUUGUGUUUUGUUGCUUAUGGGUAUUUUGGAUUGUUGCAUAUUUCCUGAUUGUCAGAGAAAAGGACAUAGAAUGUUCGACUAAUAGUCAAACAAGCGUGAGUCGUCAAACAAAUUAUUUUUUCGAUUUAACACAAAAAAAAGCUUUUCAGACUUCUAAAGCCACUUCCAAAGAAUCCGUAGCGACCGCCCCCGGGGACAACUACGUCUUUCUGUAUAAAUAAACUUUUUUACUUGGAAGUUUUCUUUCAAAUUUCUCAUGUUAUACUCACUUGAUCUGUCAGUGCAACUUUCUGUAAAAUGAAAGUGAAUGGCAGAAAUUAGUUCCUGAGAAAAAAAAACGACAUUUAAAAAUAAAUCAAGGCUUAUCGGAUGAGGCGACCAUGUUCGCCCCAUCGUUCAGGUUUAAAUUCGCGCCCAAGCAUUACAGUAAACCCUUGAGCAAAUCCUAAAUCAAUCCUAGUGGUUCAUUUCCUGAAUAUUCACGGCUCUAUUUAUUUUAUAGCCUUUUUUCAUUAUAGCUUUUGGAGCUAUUUCUAUACUCCAAUGGCCGAUUUGGUCAAUAUUGUACCGUUCGUUCAUUUUUUUAAUCUAUUUGUACCUUCCCAAGGUUUAAUUACUCAAGUUUGAGGAGACCUGCAAACCUCGAGUGCUACGCCCACGCCUCCCACUUCCCACCGCUUAUCGUAUAUUUUGUAUUUUUAUUCUAAUCUUCUAUUGAUUUUUAGAUUUUUUGUAUAAUGUAAAAAAAGAAAAGAAAAUAUAGACGUUUUCUGAGUUGCAUAUGAGUCUUCAACAAACCACUGUAGAGAGAGAUUGUCUUUUAGUGGUUUCGCUAGAUAUUCUCAAUUGAAUUCUAGUAAAGAAAGGGAAAUAGAACAUCACCAAGUAUGCCCCAUCGCUCAGGUUUAAACUCGCGCCUAAGCCCUACAGUAAACCCGUGAGCAAAUCCUAAAUCUUCGAUGGUUGUUCGUUUCGUAAAUGUUCACGGCUUUAUUUAUUUUAUAGCCUUUUGUCUUUAUAGCUUGUAGCUAUUUGUACAUUUCAUGGCCAACCUUGAUCAAUAUUGUUUCCGUUCGCUCAUUAUAUAUAUUUGUAUAUCACCACGGUUUAAUUACCCAAGUUUAAGGAGCCCCAGCAAACUUCCAUACCAGUGCUACGCCCACGUCUACCACUUACCUCCACUCAAUGUAUAUUUUUAUAUUGUUUUUAUUCUAAUCUUGUAUUUUUUAGAUUUUUUUGUAUAAUGUAAAAUAGACGUUUUUUUCUGAGUUGAAUAUCAGUCUUCAACGAACCACUGUAGAGAGAGAUUGUCUCUUAGUGGUUUCGUUAGAUAUUCUCAAUUGAAUUCGAGAAUCGAACGCUUAAACAAAAAGGGAAGAACGAAAAGUUCGUUUGAAGCAAAAGCUUGGCGGUAAUAGUGUUUUUGAAAUCGAAAAACUAAGCCUCAAACGAUGUAAAAAGUUCCAUAACAUUGUCCAGUCAACUGCAAGCUCAAAAUAGAGAAAGGCAGAAGAGCAAGUCAUUUGCUAAUAACCAUCGACGACUACAUGAGGUUCGUAACAUCAACCGAAUACACGUCACAGGGACGGCCCCCGGCAUUCUCCUUUACAACUGAAUUUUAAGAGUUUCCGAGGAUUUCAACGUACUCUUCCCGGACUUCAGCGUGGAUGUGGUUUCGGGCGACGGAUCCCUGAAGAUCCGGCGCUCUAAAACUGACCAAACGGUAAUCGAAGCAAACAUUGAUUCCUGCUUCUCACCAAUCAAACCAAGACGCUCGCCGUCUACUUUCAAAAGUGCUCCGGUACGAAAUAACUCUUCGAAUCGAAAACUUUAAACAAACCUAUCACUUACUCCACCGCUUUACGCGCACUGUUCAUAGCGGCAGGCCUCGAAGGAAAAAGAUAUUCCUCACAUUCAUUUCGCGCAGGAGCGGCUUCUAACGCGUUUUUGCAGAGAAGAGAAGCGUCGGACGUCAUGCGCAUGGGCCGUUGGAGAAUUCUCGUGGCGUUCACCGACUACCUUCGUCGCACUCCACUAAAGGAAGCCGCCUGGAACCACGAGAAGGGUCGUGCCGCCAACUCGACAGUCGCGCCUAAUCCUACCGUUCCGUAG